CGCUGAUUUAUUUGUUGUGACCCCAGUAAAAUCAUGAAGUCAUGUCCCCUACUUCCACUGAACACCGUUUUUUUGUUUUUUGUUUUUUUUCCAGCCAGACGUCACUUCCUCCAGUCUUGAGCUAGAGAAGAUGGCGGCUAUUGUGGAGAGAGUUGAGGGAGGUGGAGGGUCUGUCGAUUCCGAAUCGGUUUCACCGAGACUGCCGUCUCCACCGCCCGACCAGCCUCAUCAAAACAACCCGCUCCUCGGACUUCCCAUCGUGGCCAUCGAGACCAUUUUAAAUUUCCUUUCCUAUGAUGAAAUCAGUCUGCUGCGCCUGGUAUGUAAGCGCAUGGACAUGAUUUGUCAACGUAUGCUUAACCAAGGAUUCCUCAAAGUGGAGCGUUAUCACAGCCUCUGCCAAAAACAAGUCAAAGCCCAGCUGCCAAGGCGGGAAUCUGAGAGGAGGAACCACUCUCUGGCUCGCCAUGCAGACAUCUUAGCUGCAGUGGAAACACGCCUCUCCCUGCUCAAUAUGACCUUCAUGAAAUAUGUGGACUCCAAUCUCUGCUGCUUCAUACCUGGCAAGGUGAUAGAUGAAAUUUACCGAGUACUGCGCUAUGUAAACUCCACUCGCGCACCACAGAGGGCUCAUGAGGUGCUUCAAGAGCUGCGGGACAUCUCAUCUAUGGCCAUGGAGUACUUUGACGAGAAGAUCGUCCCCAUCCUUAAGAAGAAGCUCCCAGGUGCUGACCUGUCUGGCCGUCUUAUAGGAUCUGCUCCAGUGGCUGGGCCGUCUAGCUCUCUUAGCACUAUGACGCUGCUGGCCAAAAAUGCGCCAUCCCGCUCAGAGAUGACCAAGGUGCAACAGCAGGUGAAGGUGAACGGUGCGUCCAUGACAGCGCUGCGGCGUGAGAUGCAGGAGGUUCGCGUCAAGCAGCUCGAGCAGCAGAAGCAGCUGCAAGACCAGGAGCAGAAGCUGCUGGAACAGACGCAGGUAAUCGGCGAGCAGAACGCGCGCCUCGCUGAGCUCGAGCACAAGCUGCGCGAACUCAUGGAGAGUGCUGUGGGUGCCAGUGCAACCCGGGCCAUGCCCACUACCUCCUCUUCCUCCUCGGCUUCCUCAUCUGCUGGUGCUGUAGCUGUAGCAUCCACUUCUUCAGUCAGCCUGGGCACGACAGCAGAGAGCAUAGUGGAGGAAGGUGGCAUCCCUCUCAAACGGCGCCGCAAGAAUUCAGACCUACCACGUCACUCCAAGCGCCUGCGGAGCAAGAAGUAGAGGGAUGUCUUUUAGUUUUUAUGGGUUGCUCCUUUUUUGUUUUUGGAGGGUCGUUUCUUGUUUUCUUUGCACCCGCCCACAUUUGGUGCGAAACAUGGACAGAGCGUGAUGGAUAUCUGCUUUCAUUUUUACGUGUUUUAAGCAAAUGCUAUUGUGUCCCUUUGUAUCAUACACUAAUAUGCCUAAAGGCUCUUGGUGUAAUGGCUUUAGGUGACGCUUGCCUUCUGUGUCUGCUGUCGUUGUAUGGCGUUGAUCCUGAAAUCCAUGGUGAACGGAAGAAAGAUAAUUAAGCUGAGUCAAGUACAAGAGCAUGUUCUUUACUUCCCUUGCUGAAUAACUGAACUUUCAGAAAGAGAUGAAAAAGAGCACAUAUGUAACACAUACACUGGCUGCAACAUUAAUAUUUAAUCUGUUGCCCCAAGGAAGGCCAUAUAAAGUCUAAAUUACAUAAAGCAUGUGUUUGAAUAUUUCAUGUAAGUGAUAAAUAUCCAGAAAUCAGAGUUAAGGAGAAUUUGAAACACAUCUUAAAUGAUACCUGGCUAAUGUAAAAGACACCUUUGACUAUGUUGCAAUGCCAUGUUGUAGCUACCAUUAUUUUUGUGGUUGUACAGUUGCUUACUAAAUAGAGCUGUCAGUGCAAUAAGACGUGUCAGAAGCCUUGUCAUGAGUUAUUAAUGUUCGAAUUAUUUUUGAAAAGUACACGUCUGCCACUCCUGUCUUGCUACAUUUUUCUUAGUCCAUUCCCCGAUCAUCUUGUGGCUUUCACUUUGCUACGUGCCGUUUCAGUCUGUCACAAAGUGUUUAAGGAAAAGUUCAGCCAAACAUUGCUACACUGGAUAGCAACAAAAUGAAAACCAAUGUUGUCGGCUAGUACAGUGUAUUAUUUGAUAACAUUAGCUUUCAUUUGCCAUGUUGCCUGUUUGGCUAUCCUUCUUUACUGAGUAGACAUUAUUCAAGUCCUCAUGAAGUAGAGGAGAUGUUAAGGCAAGCAAAAGUGUGAGUCUUGCAUUUAUACUAACUGAAGACAUUUAGAACAAGAUUUAGUCCUGGUCAUGUGAUGAUAAAGCCCUGAAGGAAUUUGUUGCAGUGCUGCAAAACAAUCAGCCCACAUUCCCUGACAGAUAGAAAUGCACUGCUUUUCCUUAGCAGACUGAAGUUGACUCACUUCCCUGGAACAGUAAGGUUUUUUUUUUUAUCAUGUUUACAACUUGAUUCUUCAAAGCGUAACUGUAAAGUUAUUUAGUCGUCAUCCUCAUCAACAGCUCGUUGCUUCUCAGUCACCGAGAGAGUGUUAACCGUAGUAAGUCUGUAAUGUAAAUAUCAUUGCAACCUUGAUAUUUCUUCAUUAAGUUCACUGAAGUAUGACUGAACUCUGCCCUGACCGCAUGAACAGUUUCACACAGUGGAAACAGCAGAGUGCAUUUCUAUGAACUUAACACGACUAGUUCAAAGCUUGUACGUUAUUUGCUUCUACCUGUCAUAAAAGGUUGGAAGUGAAAGAAACCUCAGAGUAGAAAAACACUGCAACCUUUUUUACAGAGUCACUUCAGUCAAAUAAUGAUGAUGGCUAUUAGUGAAUAAAAGACAGCCUAGCUUUGUUACCUUGACAUUAUGCUAACAUUAAAAAGUGCUCCUUGGUAGUCGCAUUAGCAUUAUUUGGUUGAACAACACUUUUCAUUUGGGAAACCUCUAUAUUUCUAAGGACCAUUCGGGUUCCAGACAUGGUUGUCUUAAAACCUAACUAGCUUAUUCCUCGUUAUUCCUGAACCAUAUCAUAUUUUGCAAGCAGUUUGGCUAAGGUUAAUCCCCACUAUUAAUGUAGCUGUGGCCUGAUGUUGAACUGUGGGGGGGGGGGGGGGGUUUGGAUCCAGCUAAUCCUAAACCCAGAUGUCAUAUAUGCAGCAACCUCUACUUUCUGAAACCUUGCUUUAGAAUCGCAUGUAUGUUUUAAUAUUAUAAGCAGGGCACACUGAAAUACUUUAUAACUCGUGGCUUAAUGCAAGACUGUCUCAUUUUAGAAAAAAAAAAGCCUGUACUGUAAACAUGUACUUCAGAGAGAAGACUGGAUUAUUUUAUGUAUGUAAUAAGGGGAAAUUAAUCUUGUACAUUGCCUGUUUGUGGCAGAGGAAAAAAAAAGAUUUGUUGCACAUAUUACUGUUAAAAAAUGUACAAAUGAAUCAUAUUAAAUCACAUUAAGGCAGAGCCA